GAAAUUCUAACCAACACAAGUUAAAGGAACUACCUUUAUUUUUAUUUUCCUGUCCUUUUUACUUCUCCAUUCAAGAAUGGCAAUGGACCAUCACUUAACUUCAAACAAGAUAGCAGAGUACAGAGAAGCUUUCAGCCUAUUUGACAAAGAUGGAGAUGGCCAAAUUACUAAACAUGAGCUGGGAAUAGUAUUAAGAUCAUUGGGACAAAAGGUAACAGAAGCAGAGGUGGAAGAGAUGAUCUGUGGAGUGGAUGUUGAUGGGAGUAAGACAGUAGACUUUAAAGAGUUUGUAGGGCUAAUGCGUAAGAAGUUGAAGGAUAAAGAGGUGGAGGCAGAGCUAAAAGCGGCGUUCCAGAUUUUCGAUAAGGACCACAAUGGGCUCAUCUCCGCCGCAGAGCUCCGCCACAUCAUGACGAAUUUAGGUCAGAAGUUGAGUGAGAAAGAGGUGGAUGAGAUGAUGAAGGAGGCCGACGUUGAUAACAAUGGCGGGAUUGAUUACCAAGAGUUUGUCAAGGUCAUCAUUUCCAAAAGGAGAUUGGGUAAUGAAGAAAGCAAAUACCACACCAAUGAUGGAAAUUACAAGGGGAAGAGAAUGAGGAAGCGGGAUCGCCUUCGUCAUGACUGUAUAAUCCUAUAGUUUAUUUUUCAAAAUCCAAUUUACACAUCUCCAACUUCAAAAUUGGUGUGACAUGUGACAUUUAUUUAUCAAAUAACAUUAUCAUGACAAUCAACAAAGAAGGCGCGUAC